GAAAUGGCCAAACGACCUACCGCCCGCGCAAAGGCCUCUAAAGCCGCUGCCUCCUCCAUAUCCUCCCCUUCCGCUGCCCUCUCCAAUCUCAAAUCCGAGUAUCUCGCCGCUACCAGAUUCGGUAACACCAAAAAGGACAAACGAAUAAUCCGCCAUGGCCAACUCCUCGCCAAAGUCCGCGAGGGGGGAAUCAAUAAACAAGCAUCUUCAUCCGCUGGGGGCAAAGUGAGAAGACCCAGCAAGAAACUCAAGACGAGUGUGAAAGAUUUGGGAGAUGCGUUACCGGAUGUGGAUAUGGGUGAUGGAGGAUCUGUUGGUGCAGAUGAGAUUGGAGGAGGAGAGAAGAGUGGCGUUUAUGCUGAGGAUGAGUGGGAGGGGGUAUCCGAUGAGGGUGGUGAUGAUGAGAAGGGAGACGGGGCGGUGGCGAAGACAGCGGGAAAGAGACGGAGGAAGAGUAAACCCGUGGGAGAUGGGAACAAAAUGGUCAUGAAGAGUUUGUCGCAUCGCCAGGGGAGUAUGAAGCGGAAGAAGGUGUUGGAGGAGAAGGAGAUGGAGAGGUUCAAGAGGAACUUGGCCCAGCUCGCUUCCAAUCAGGCGGUGGAGGAGAUGAAGGUCAGUGGUGGCGGUGGACAGGAAGGGAAAAUGAAUGAAAGUCAUACGCAGAAGUGGGCUGCGCUGAGGGCUUUCAUCGGGACGACCAUGGAGAAGGACAAGGCGUUCGAGGGGAAAUGAUCUGCCAAACAGACGAUGAGUAUGAGCUGUAUUCCCCUGUCUCUGAAUUCUCCCAGCGAGUGCGCUCUGCUGGCAUUCGACUUCAGCGCAUUUGGUGCUAUUCUUCACGCUGGCGAAGAGAAGUCUCAGCGUGAAGCGGGCAACACCGAUCACUUCGAGUACUGACCUGUCACCGCUGGGCACUAUACCACGCUGGCUCAAAGACAUGGCUUAGUCCUCCGCCGAAUAGCAGUCGUGGCGCAGACAUGUAUGGUCAGGUUGCAACAUCUGGGUCAAAACUCCGUCAAUCUCAAGGUCCGCAACUAGCAAAACGCCCUGUAUCAGUCGUGUUCUCGGCGGACCUCCGAUUUCGAAAAGUUAAGUUUGGACCUCGUCUGUACGAAGACAGCCAUCUUCUGGCCCUUCAUCCUGGCGUAGAUUGUGGUGCUGUCAUGGAAGAACAUUCGAGCGUGUACCAACCUUAUGAAUCAGCUGUCCGGGUCCGCAGAGUCGCAAUACUGCCAGCAUCAUAUGCUAGGAUUGAUACAACUCCCGCUUCCACUUUCCGCUAUACGACGCGAGCGUCUGGCCGCUGGUAUCUGCUCUUAAUUAGCCCUGUCCUGCCGCUGUCGGCUAACUGGCCAGAACGCUGUACAGAGAGCAUCAGCCCGAGUCACGAAUAAAGCAUGGCUGGUGAACAAAUGGUGUGGUAACUGGUAGUUUGAAAUUUUUAAGCAAAUUGGCCAUGUGACACCAAUCGUCGACAUACUUCGCCCCUUACUGCCAUCGCUGAUCAAGAUCUGGGGGUGCCGCAGCAUAUUUCUCUUGCCGACGCUCUGGUUCUGUGAGCGUACACUAUAUUGCUUUUACGGACUCGGCAGGGCCUUCAACGAUGGCAUCCAGAACAGGUAAUUGUGGCCUACCACCUCAUCUCCGAGGUAUAAAGCCGACUCCCUCUGACUACUUUUUGUAAUCAUCGUGCGCGCACAAGCUCAGCUCUGUUCCUCCAUGUCGAGAGUGUCUACGACGACUUGCCUUCUAUCGCUACUGAAACACGCGUCGCGCAUGCCCAUUCACGUCUUGUCCAAUCUCCUGGAGUCCUUACCAUGUUUUGUCUGGAUACGCCAACGUGAUGCGUCGCGUUAUUGGUCUGCUUUCAGACACUUCCGGACCUUGUUGUGGCACAGAUUCAUCUUGCUGAGAACAAAGAAAUCGUUCCCGGGAUAGAACAAUCUGAUCUGGGGAACAGCGUUUCUUUGUUUAAGAUCGGUACAAGAUCUAUAUUGAAGCGGCAACCCAUCGUGACUCUCCCACUUACUGCAUUUCGACCUCAAUAGCCAACUGAGUAUAUACCAGAACAACGGCUAUCGGCACCAUGGUUACCUCCACAAUCCUUCUCCACCUUUCACUAUACUAUCGAACACUGGUUUCAAAACCAACAGUACCU